CCAGCCCGCCCUUCUACUCCCUGGCGCCUGGCAUCCUCGACGCUCGCGCGGGGGGCUCUGGCGCCUCCUCGGAGGCCCCCGGACCCGGCGAGGCCAAAGCGGAGAGGCGUUCUGGACUUCCAGGGAUUGAUAGAUGUGACCCAGGCUGUUGGCAGUGAAAUUGAUCCCACUGUCUGAACGUACCAGCUUUCCUGAAAGAGUGUCUCAGACUUGGCACAGAUGCCAGGUAUGGAACUGAGCUGUCUCUGAUCUUUCUAAUUUGGCUUGAAGGCAAGACCUGGGGCUGUUUCCACACAGCCCCUCCCCCUCCCCCCGAGCACCCCGGCGCGAGAGAUGAGGCCCCGGAUGCUGCCCGUGUUCUUUGGGGAGAGCAUUGAGGUGAACCCAGAACCCACGCCCGAGAUCCGCUGCAAUUCCGAGGUCAAGUACGCCUCGGAGAGGCACUUCCGGGACAAGGUCUUCUACGCGCCGGUGCCCACGGUCACGGCCUACAGCGAGACGAUCGUGGCCGCGCCUAACUGCACGUGGCGCAGCUACCGCAGCCAGCUGACCCUGGAGCCGCGGCCGCGCGCCCUGCGCUUCCGCAGCACCACCAUCAUCUUCCCCAAGCGCGCCCGCAGCUCCUUCCGCACCACCCUGCACCUCAGCCUGGGCCGGCCCCGCCGCUGGUUCACGGCCAGCGUGCAGCUGCAGCUGUGCCCGCGCCCCGGGCCCGGCCUGCUGGGCCCCGCGCCGCUCUGACCGGCAGCCCGGCCCCCGCGGCGGCCGGAGCACGGGCUCCACGAUCGGGAGGGACCCCGGGCUGUGUCUUGCCCGCGCCGCAGCCGCUUUCUCAGCACCUACCCGGUGAGGCAGCGUGGGCCUGGCUUUCCCGAGGAGCCCGGGGCGGGGGCAGGUGCGUAGGCGGUGCUCGCCCCGACGGCCUGGGAGUGAAGAAGGUGUGUGGGCCCUGGCUGCCCUUGAAGCGGUGGACACACCCCGAACGCCGGCAGGACUGAGGCGUCCGGCCCGGCCUUGGCCGGGGGGCCCCCCACCAACCCCGGCUCCCAGGCCACGUGGGAGGGGAGAGGGGUGCCGUCCAGACACCCGCCGGCCCUGGAGAGGGCUGUUUCCAGAGCAGGCCUUUCACGUGUGUGCAGCUGGGCGCCCAGAGCCAUGGCCCAGCAACCUCUGGUGGACGGUGAGCCGGGAGGCUGGGCGAAAGCCGGCAACGCUGCCGGGGCUGGUUGUGGGUUGUGUGUGGGGAGCGGCCUGGAGGAGCCCUGCCCGCGCUGUCCCAGUGCCCGUGCCCCAGUGUGGAGGAUGGAGGGCAUAGCCCGUCAGCACCGAGGCCUUUGAGCUCUGUGUCCGGAGCCUCACCCGCAGGGCAUCCUGCUAACCUCUGUCCCGACACCUUCAGGACCAGGACUCUGGACCGUCAGAGCCCUUGAGCCAGGUGCCAAGGGGAGGCGUCUAAGCCGUUGGAAAUGACCACUGCCACCUGCCCGAGGCUCCUGGCCAGCUGUCAGCUUUCAGAUUCCGUGGGGUCCAGCUGCCCUCGUUCGGGCCUCCCGUUCCUACAGUGAUGACACUGCAGUGGCCAGUGCAGGAGGGUUCACCACACACGUGCAAGGUCAGGGGAGGAAGACGGGAGACCCUUGUGCUCCCUGGGAAGAGCCAGGAUACGUGGGUGCUGGGGCCACGGCCUGGGGCUGCCUGCCACCAAUGCCCCAGAAGCCCCCAGCGUGGCCACGGAGGUGCCUUCAGACCUGAUUGGACCCAGCAGGUGGAGGCUGCCCCGCCGCUCCUCUGGCAUCCCCCCAAGACGGGGCUUUAGCUCCCUCGCUGUGGGGAGGGGCGGCUCGGAGCUAGCGUUCAGGAGAGGCGAAGUGACUGAUAUAUUUUUAUAUAUCUACAGACUGUGCAUGUUCUCGCCACAGAGAUGCUUUCUGAUUAACAAAGAAAUAACUUAAGAAUCGAUUAUCUUAAUAAAAUGUGCAGACUCGAAGAGACUCCCUCUUCCAUGUUUCUGAGACCCUCAGACCCCACCGUGGGUGGGACUGGUCUUCAUAGGCCCAUGGUCCCUCCCCACUACACACAGGGGACAGGGAGACACUUGGAAGGCUCAGAGAGAGCCCUGUGCCCCUCACCCGAUCCCUGUAGACAGCCUGAGUGCGCCAGCCCCACCCAGGAGCUGGGUAAUAAAUGCAGAGGCCCAGGGACUUGGGUCUGACUCCGGGGAGGGUCCCGGGAAUCUGCAUGUUUGACGCUCCUGUGCUUUGCACUUCGCACACCAGCCCUCGGCACCUGCAGACACCCAAAGCCAGACCUGUCCCCGGAGAAGGGCCCGGGCUGCCUCUGCAAAGCAGGUGGCCUCGGCCUUGUUACACCCUCUGCACAUCUGAUCCACAUCGUUGGAGGGGCCACUGGGGCCCCAGACUGUGAGGCGGACACUCGGGGCAGUGUCCUUGAGUGGGAGAGUGCCGGUGUCUUUGCAGGGGCUCCUGCCUCGAUGGAGGACGAUGUCUAACAGGGCGGGGCCAGGGUGAAAGCCAGGAGGGCAGGGCCAAAGGACAGGGUCAUGUCACUGAAAGGAAGAACCUGGAGGCCUCGGCCACUCAGUACGGACAAGCGGGGUGCAGACACAGCCUUGGGAACUCCGAGAGCGCAGCCUGUGUAGAGAGGGGAUUCUGUGCAGACACACGCUGUGGGGCGCAUCGCUGGCAGCAGGCAAAUUCAGCUGCACGAGUUUGCUUUCCAGUCACAGCCCUGAUUUCCCCACUUGGAAAGAAAAGUGGGUUGGGCUUCCUGACACGUGCAAUUACGGUGCCAACGAAUCCGGUGACCUUGGAGAUGUCUCUGGGGUCCCUUCAAGAAACAACUUCUGAGGCGUGCAGUUAGCGGAUGGCCUCUAAGUAGAGCUUUCCAGCUGCUGUCAGGCUCCUCCCGGGCGCCCCGCCAAUGGGAGUGCAGUGGGACGGGCCCAGCUGACCGAGGCUCAGUCCCUGCCAGGUCCUGCUUCCUGUCCCUUUUGUCUUUCGCAAGCGUCACCCUGACAGGCCUCAUACCCUCCUGACUCCAUCUCAGCAUCUCCCUGAGGACCCGGGCCGCACGUGUCAAACAAGACCGUCUCCUUUGAUCAUGCAAACGGCUUCCGCCUUCCCUGAUGACCUUGGAACUCCAGCCUGGGAGGAAGAGGACGUGGGGUGCGAGGGCUGCGGCCCGUCAGGCCCCCAAGUGCGCCCCGCUUUGCCUCUGAAGCAGCCGUCUGUCCUACGGGAACCCAGAGGACUUGGAGACCCGGCAGAAAGAGGCGCCAACUUCGUCUGGGUCCUGCCCCAGCCCUUGGGAUUUCCACCCGCAAAACAGCGAGCCUGGAGGCCAGGGACCCCGCUGCCGGGCUUAGGCUGCUGCCUGCAGAGGGCCCUUCUGUCCUCUGCCCUUCCUCCACACUCCCCAGAUCCAGAUGCACGGGGCAACGGGGGCAGAGGUCGCUCACUGAAGCCACCGGGAGGGGAAGACCAACACGGGCAGGCAGGGCACGUGACUGGAGAAGCCUGUCGCUUAACUUCUCUAAGCAUCUGCAAGGCAGGCACGUGGCCUCACCUGCCUGGCGGCUGGGACGGUGAGAACCCGUGCUGGCAAAGCUUGGGCUGCCAUCGAAUCGAGCCGGGACCCUGCUGGGGGCGGGUCAGGGCGUCCAUCUCUCUCGAAGGGGCAGCAACACUCGCCAAUGUCGAGGGCCCCAAACACCCAUCCUGAGCCGCCUCGCUCAGCCUCUAAUGCUGUCGCCCCGGCCAAUCUCUGGGUUCAUCUCUGGGUUCACACUCGCAGGCUUCCAAAGCUCGGCGGCCCCCGCCCCAUAAACAGCUGCCCCGUCCGUCCGAGGUCUCGUCUCUCCUCCCCAGAGUAGCCUUGGUGAGAACAGACCACAGCCCUGGCGGCGGACACGUACACGGAGCGCUGCCUCUGUCUGCAGACCGCUUGGCCCUGCUGUCAGAAUUUUCUGCAUUUUAUCUUCCCAGUGAGCCUGUGAGGUAGCUGGUGAGACAUUCUGAUGAGGAAGCGUGACCUGGCUGAACCCCGGAGGAGGUGGGCUGGAAGGACAGCCCGUCACGUGGCUGCCACAGCUAAACCCUCCCGGCUUCCUGGAGAAGCCAUGAAAACACAUGCGUCUCCUCUGAGGGCCCUCCUUGGCCUUCUAAAGGUGGAAUGACCAGGGGGCCCUCCCACCAGCUGCCAGCGAUCAAAUCAGUUUAUCCCCGUAAAUAUGCAAAUUAAGAUUCACUGUUGCCGGAC